UUUCUUUUGCUUCUAAUUUCAACCAUUCUAAAGAAAUUAAUAUGAGUUCAUACGAUAAUAAGGAAAGUGAACAUUGUUGUGGAACUCAUUUUUGGUUUCUAGUACUAAUGUGUUGGGUUUUUAUGAUAUUUGCUGCAACUUCAUCAGCACUUGCUCUAGGACUUUUGUCCUUCAGCCAAGUUGAUCUUGAAGUUCUUGUUAAAGUUGGACAACCUCAAAUCCAGAAAAAUGCAGCGAAGAUUAUGUCCAUUGUUAAGAACGAACAUUUAAUUUUAUGCACCCUGCUCAUGGCUAAAUCAUUGGCAUUGGAGGGUGUUUCUGUUCUUAUGGAGGAAAUGUUCCCAGAGUGGAUUUCUGUGUUGCUUGCAGCUGCCCUUGUCAGUAUCAUUGCAGAGGUCAUCCCUCAAGCCUUGAAUUCUCGAUAUGGUUUAAGAUUUGGUGCUACAAUGUCUCCUUUUGUUCGAGUUCUGCUCCUACUUUUCUUCCCAGUUGCAUAUCCAAUUAGUAAGUUGUUAGAUUAUCUUCUUGGCAAAGGACAUACUGCACUUUUAGGAAGAGAAGAGCUAAAGACUUUAGUCAGUUUACAUGGCAAUGAGGCAGGGAAAGGUGGAGAGUUGUCAGUCCAUGAAACAACAAUAAUUGCUGGAGCUUUAGACUUAACAAAGAAAACUGCUAAAGAUGCUAUGACACCUCUAAGUGAAACAUUUUCACUUGACAUAAACUCUAAACUUGAUAUGCAUACAAUGGGCAUGAUAAUGAGCAAAGGUCACAGCCGUAUACCAAUCUACUCUGCAAGACAAACAAAUAUUAUUGGUCUUAUCUUGGUGAAGAAUUUAAUGUUUUGCCGUCCUGAAGAUGAAACACCAAUUAAGUUUAUGACUAUUAGGAGAGUUCCAAGAGUAGGUGAGAAUUGGCCACUAUAUGAUAUACUGAAUCAAUUCAAGAAAGGUCAAAGUCACAUGGCUGUUGUCCUCAAAGAGAAGAUAAGAACUGCUGCAUCUGAUACAGAUGGACUUGGCUCAUUUUUACCACAUGAUUAUAUUAGCAUCUCAACUGAGGCAUCAGAAGAAUCAGAAUAUUACAGUGCAACAUUGAAGAAUACCAUGCUUCAAGAGAGUAGUGAGUCAGAUCCACUGCAUAAAUCAAGACAACAUGACACAAGUAUAUCCUUAGAGAAUAUGGAGUCUCUUCUAAUUGAUGAGGAAGUUGUUGGGAUUAUAACUUUGGAAGAUGUCAUGGAAGAGCUACUUCAGGAAGAUAUAUUGGAUGAAACUGAUCAAUAUAUUGAUGUCCAUCAAAAUAUCACAAUCAAAUUGCAACAUCCAAGAAGAGGGACAUCAGGUUCUUCCAAAAGAGCUUCAACUUCUCAUCAACAAAGGAGAAGUUCAGAUGCAUCUCGAGUUCGAUUUUCAACUCCUACAUUUACUUCACCAAUUUCUCCUUCCAACUAAAACUAACUAGCUCUCACAUGGUUCUGCUAACAAAUUUGUGCCAAUUGUUUUAAUUUC